UUGCCACUUCGAGAGAGCUCUUCCCUGCUCUUAUGCUCGCUCGGUUCCUCCAACUCAGACUCCAUUGAUGUUACGUCCUGUAACAACUCCAUCGCACCCUCAGGAUCAUCCUGUUCUAGCGCUUCAACAUCCUCAGCGGAGAUACUCUCUAGGGUUCCGGCCAAAUCUCUGUCGAGAUUGAAAACGACUUGCAAACGUUGGUACGCUCUAUUUAGAGAUCCCAAGUUUGUGGUGAAGAACAAGAAGUUAGGUAGAGCUGUAAGAGAGUCGAUUUUACUGACCAAUCAUGGUGAUGUUUGUUCGGUCGCGGGAGAUCUCCACGAUACAGUGCUCAAUACACCUAUCGAGGUCUCUGGUAAACUUACAAGUCUAAAGGGUUCAAACGAUUUCGACUUCGCUGAGAUAUUUCACUGCGAUGGUUUAAUGUUAUGCUCUGAAUUGGGAAACGACAGACUUGUGGUUUGGAACCCAUGCACUGGCCAAACGAGGAAUAUCAAAGCAAGAACUAGUUUCCAGACUAAUCAAACCUAUGCUCUAGGAUACAGCACAUCUUCUUCUUCAGGCCAUAGCUACAAAAUCUUGAGGUAUUUCGAUUAUCGAAACGACCAGGAGGUCUGGGUUCCUCAGUGUGAGAUCUAUGACCUUAGCUCUGAUUCUUGGAGGGUUCUUGAUUCCUUCCCUCUUGAGUACAUCAUGUUUCUCGAUGGCAUAUCUUUGAAAGGAGACACUUAUUGGGUUGCUGGACAUAACGAAAGUGGUUAUUUCAUGAUGAAGUUUGAUUUCACCACAGAGAGAUUUGUGCGUCUCCCUCUUCCGAUUCCCAUAGAGAGAUUGGUGCAUAGAUUUGUUCUUUCAGUUGUUAGGGAUGAAAAGCUCGCAGUGUUACUAAUUGAUGACAGUUCAGACUACCUGUCAUAUGACAGGUCAGAAGCGAUGAGAAUAUGGGUGAGCAAUAAGAUUAGUGAGGAUGCUAAUAAAGACUUGUCGUGGAGAAGCGACUUCGUCUUGGAAGUGGAUUUUGAUAACUAUAGCAAGAAUUUCAGAAGCUUCUUGUUGGACGAGGAGAAUAAAGUGGCAAUACUGUGUUGUGGUAUAGAAUUCGUAGGAGAAUAUUAUACGACCAUAAUAUACAUUAUUGGAGAGGACAUGCUUAAAGAAGUUUAUACCGGUACUAUAACGGCAUCUCGUUCUCACUCGCCACUUGUCAUCACUUAUCUUCCAAGCUUGGUUCGCAUUUAGAAAAUAGGGCAGAGAAAUGGAGGCUAGCCCAUAAUGAAUUACUUUCUUUUUAAGGUGUUGGUGAUGUUCUUCUGGUUUGUAUCUACUCGGCUGAUGCUUGAUAAUGAUUUUAUUGUUCCUCUUUUUUUUCUGUGCUUUUGGGUAUUGUUCAAAUAUAUUGUUCUGCUUA